AUGGAGGAGAAAGAUAAUAUCUCAGAUUACAGAAGCAAAUUGGACAAGACACUAACAUCACCGGAUUUGACAAAUUAUGAAAACAUUCGUACACAUGUCAAGAACCAAAUCUUGCAAUCAUUGGAAUGCGACUUAGAAGAAUAUACAGAACACGUGGUGGAAAAAAGAAGUAAAGAAAUGUUUAGUUUCCUCAGUAUGUUGAGGAGUGCCUCAGUGAGUGAUCUUGACAAGUCUAAAUCCAUCAACGAAUCACAAAGUUGCUGGAAACUAAAAGAGGACACUGACGAGUUCCGUGUGAUGUAUCGAGAAGGACCAGCUGGAACUCCCUUCCAUACACUUCUCGUUGAAGGCUAUGUGGAUGGGCCUCUCGAUGUUUGUCUGUGCAUUUCAUGCGAGUCUGACCUUUAUAAGAUAUGGUGGCCUCAAUCUGCAGUCCCUACGUUCAAGGUCGUCCAAUCUCAGUGCGUUCAAAAAGUUAGACUCGGUGAACAAAUAUCAGUAGUGAGGAUGAAGCUUUCAUGGCCCUUGUCAAGUAGAGAGGCAUUGGUGCAUUUUUAUGUUCUCGAGUACUUCCAAGAUGGUCUAAUUGUUGUGCUCCUUAACUCGAUUUCUGAUUUCGAGAGUAUCGAGAAAAGCACGCACGGAUUUACGAGAGACGGGAUACCCGAUGCAGAGGAUGUAGUUAGAAUAGAUGUAGUUGGAGGUUUUGCUUUACAGAAAGUGACUGAAGAUAGGAGCUAUUUCAGGACAAUAGCAAACAUGGAUAUCAAAUUGGAUUUUGUUCCUCCGGCAUUCAUUAAUUUCAUCUCGAGGCAGCUCGUGGGAAGUGGUUUCAAGCUCUAUAAAAAAGAGGUUGCUUCUGCUUCAAAAGGCGACCAAAAAUUUCUCGAGGCCCUGAGGGACCCAAUGUACAUCCGUGUGCGGGAGGCUCUCUAUUCGAAAAACACUCCUUUGACCUCAAAUGGAAUGUUCCAAGAACAAAGUCUCGAAGCACGCAAAAACAACAACAAUUCUAAUGUGGAGAAUCAUGAAACCGAGGAUUUAAGAGUUCGAGAGAGAAAAUCAGUGAGCGAAAUUGAGGAGCUUGAAGAAAAAAAGGAAUUUACGACCCAAGAAAUUACAGAAGAGGUUGAGACAGACGAUAAAGAAGCUGUGAUUACCAAUGAAUUGGGGAGAAGUCUUCAGAUGGCCAACAGUAUUACGAAACAGUUUGCAUGGGGGAAUGUACAUAAAAUCGGAAUUAUUAGCCCAAGAGUUCGAGAAGCUCUGAUGACGUUGGAUAAGGCCAUUUCAAUAUUACGGGAGCAUAACAAUAAUAAUAAUAAUAUUAACUCUAGACAACAGCAUGAUGAUGAGAGUGCGCAUGACGAUGAAAAAGAGGAAGAAUUGUUUAUUUCCUUGGAAGCUGAUCAAAUACGGAAAAAGGAUGAGGAUUUUGGUGAGCCAUCAAAGAUCGGGUCUGUAGAAAAGGAUCAUGUAGCUAAAAACAACUCUGACAGUCAUGAAUCCAGGCCUCGACAUUCGAAUUCUUACUCAAGAGACACGAAGCCAAGCAAAAUUGCACCGGACGAAAGCCCCACCAAUUCACAUUCGUAUGCUGAACAGAUCACAUUCCCGACAGCCUUUGAGAACAUUACAGAAAACUUGAGUUGUCUGAAUGACGAUUCAAAAUUUACUAAAGGGAAAGGAGUGACUAAAAGGAAAAGCCAAAUUCCAAAAUUUUGCUGCUUUGUAGCCCGGUAA